AUGGCAUAUUAUCUCGUUCUAGGUGAAGUUCCCGCUAAAAGGAAACUUGAUUUCGUUAAGUUCGAUUUCUCAGAACGCGUUAUGAUACUCAGGAAUGCUAUCUAUGAUAAGAAGAAGAACACCUUUUCCAAUAAAAGUAUUGACGAAAACGACCUCAUAUUAUGGAAAGUUGAUAUUCCUUUCGACGGUGAAAACGAUAAACUGAAGAUGCUUGAUGACACGUUUGAUACAAUUAACAUUGAACGAGAUCUUGAAGGAAAGGAAAUGUUACCAGUAGACGAAAUUUCAAAAUAUUUAAAAAACCUUGAUAAACCAUCAUCCUCAAUCAACAUCCUCGUGCAACCGCCUUCGCCCGCCGCCUCUGCUUACCAAAGAUCAACACAGGAUAAAGUAUUCAAAAUUCCAAGAUUGCCAGGGGAAAAUGAAGAUACGGAUAUUUAUAACCGAGAGUGUUAUAAAUAUUUAUGUAAUUUUAUACUCGAAGAUACAGAAUUCAAGCGAUACCUCAUUACUGGUAAUCCAGGUAUCGGAAAAACAUUCUUUGGAAGGUUAAUGCUAAUAGAGCUCCUUAAAAAGGAUAAAACUGUUUUGUUAGAUUGUGAAACUUUUAUGGUACGUAUUAAACCAUCAGGUGAAAUAACUUAUGUAAACGGCAAAGAACUAUUCAGACAAAUGGCGGAACAACCAAAUGUCUGGUGUAUAAUCGACGGAAAAAGGGACCAAAGUUCAUCAAAAAAAGCAAUAAUUGGAGAUUUUGCAAAGCAAUGGUGCAGAGAACUAUUCAUGCCCACGUGGAAUGAAUAUGAGCUUGAAGACUGUUGGAACUAUCUAUAUAAAGAAAAAUUGACUCUAAAAUCCUUAAAAGAUAAGUUCGAGAUAUGUGGCCAAAUCCUCGCAGGUGAUGAAUAUACUCAUAAAUUAAUCCAUAUACAUACCAACAUUGAAAAGAUGGGAUAUAACACAAUUGGGAGGCUUCGUGGAACAUUAUUUGAAAUGGUCACUCAUACAAUAAUUCGUCAAGGGGGAGACUUUCGAGUACGUGAACUCACAGAUGAUGGUAAAGGAUCUAUUCAUAGUUUUGAUUCUCUAGAAGAAAAAUUUUUUGAUAAUGUUAAGGAGAUACAAGGAUGA